GUCCGUCUGCCAGAUAGGGCCUGACUACCCGCGCGCCGGUCCCAGCCACAAUGAUCUGACCUAUGCGUUUGCCAUCAUCAAAAACCUGUCCAGCCUCCGUCUGUUCCGCCACUCUAUUUUGCAACUCGACGGGCGACAAACAAAACAAUGAUUUCUUCUUCUGCCUUGAUUGCUUGCUUGCUUGCCAGUCCGCAGCCAUCAAUUGCAUCCGUCCCCCCAUUCACCAAAGGACAAACACACCCAAAGUGCCAAGCCCUUACCCUGGCCCGCCAGCAACAAAAACAACUCCCCAAAGGGUACACUAUACACGCAAGCUGCCCUGCAACCCCCCAGCCCAGAGCACACCCUCUGCAUCAGCACUUGCAUAAUACCUCCCUCCCUCCCCCCUCCUCUUACCCUGGCAGUAGUCUAGCUCGCCCUUCCCCUCCCCUAUCACAAAAAACACC